CAGUAACUCCGCUGUGAUUUAUUACUUCCUUGUAUCAGUUGUAUUAGUUCUGUGGGUUGUGUUUGUGUGAGUGUUUGUCUGUAGUGUGAGUCUGAGUGUCUCUCUGGUGAUUUAACACUGAGGAAAUGCGCCGUGUAGGUGUGUGUGAUUUGGGACACGCCCACUGAGUGUGUUUUAACUGCAAGGGAACUGCUGCGUUUCUCCUCACUGAGGUGAUCUGACAACACAGAGGAUCAUUUUAAACUGUCGUUUAGCUUCUGCACAUCUCCACAGCAAGAUGAUGAACCCUGUCACGGUGCUCCUGACUCUUGCCUGUUUGAAAGGGCCUUGUUGGGAGAAAAACUCCUGCCAUGACCAAUAUGGAGAAAAGCAGCCGGCUAAACUUGCAGCUUGCAUUGCUCAGAACUGUGAAAAAGCCCUGAUACCAUGUGGAUUACAGACUAUUCAGGAUAUUGUAACAGAACUGAAGAAAGAGGAUCCAUCAGCAUCUACUGAAGCUCUGUGGCUUCAGGCUGCGGCUGCUGUGGGGAACGAUAUGGAUUCAUUUUGGCAUUGUGUCGAAAAGAUCGAUGAGGACCCCAUCGAAGGCACAAUGUGCCUUCUGGAAGCUUUUCUGGGUGACACACAGCAGGACAACAACAAGAAGAAGCCAUUAUUCAUGUUCAGCGAUGCAGAUUACAUUCUGUGCUGGAUCAGAACAUCCAUAAGAAGGCUGAUGAGCUGCUUCAGUCACUACGAUCUGCACACUUUCGAUUCUCUGCUAAAACAUUUCAACACCAAUGAAGACAUUAGUAACUGUUUCCUGAAGACCUUUCCUGACUGGGGCAAAAAAUGCAUUCCACUGUCCAUGGAAAUUUUUGGAAACAGCAUGGCGAGUUCCACCUUUGACAAGUCGCAAGGAGUUGCUGACUGUAUUAUCAUGUGGAGCAAAAUGCGGAGAGAAUGCACGUACAGGACCUUGGCUCCUCAGGGUUUCAACCUGACCCUACCAGCCGAGGUUAAAGAUAUAUCCAUCUGCAGCAUUAAUGAGAUGAUUUUAGCAACAGCAUCAUGUUAAAUACAACGAGGAAGUGACUUUCAUGUAAAUCAGACAGCAGAUAUUUCUGUCUAGUAUGAUUUGCUUUCAAAAAUACAACUACUGUUCAUGUGGAGCACUGGAUUUAUUUUCCUCUGCUUGUUUCUGUCACUUUAACUUUUGGUUUUUGACUUCUAUUUUCUCUAACUUUGUAAACGAGGACUCGUCCUCAGUGUGCUUCCUGAGAUUUAAAUAAAACAAUAAAAUCAC